ACCAGUAGCGCGGGCGUGCGGUCACUGACGUGUGGGCCACGAAACAUGUCGCCUCGCCUCGCCGCGGCCGCGGCCGCUUCCGCCCUUCCUCUCCCUCUUCCUCCGCCGGCGGUCGCCGCGCCUUCCCGCGCCCUCCGAGCUCUGGUCCUGUCCCCGGGCGCCGCCGCCGCCGUAUCCUCCAGCCUGCGCCGCCGCGGCGCGCCAGCAUGCCUCGUACGCCGCCUGUGCUCCUCCCACCACUCCUCCGCUGCGGCGGCGACGGCGGCGACGGCGGCGACGGCGGUGGAGGAGGCGCGGCGCGGGCGGAAGCAGCUCGGGAUGACGCCGCCACUCUACGACUACCUCCUCGCCAACGUCCGCGAGCACCCCAUUCUACGGGAGCUUCGCGAGGAGACCGCGGCUAUGAGAGGGAGCCAGAUGCAGGUUUCUCCCGCUCAGGCUCAGCUGUUGGCAAUGCUUGUGCAAAUUCUUGGGGCGAAGCGUUGCAUUGAAGUUGGUGUGUUCACUGGGUAUUCAUCAUUAGCUGUUGCACUAGCCCUACCUGAAUGUGGUCACUUGGUUGCUUGUGAGAGGGAUGAAAGAUGCCUAGAAGUUGCCAAGAAGUACUACCAACGUGCUGGUGUUGCACAGAAGAUUAAUGUGAAACAUGCUUUAGCUGCGGAUUCUCUAAGAUCACUACUUGAUUGUGGCGAAGCUUCCAGCUAUGACUUCGCAUUUGUUGAUGCAGACAAGAAAAUGUAUGAGGAAUAUUUUGAGCUUCUACUAAAGCUGGUAAGAGUUGGUGGUUUAAUUGUAAUGGACAAUGUCCUUUGGUAUGGAAGGGUUGCUGAUCCACUGGUUGAUGACCCAAAGACAAUCAGUAUAAGGAACUUCAAUAAGAAAGUUUUGGAGGACAAGCGUGUUGAUAUCAGCAUGGUGCCUAUUGGAGAUGGGAUGACAAUUUGCCGGAAGCUAGUAGAUACUUGACUUCACAACGUUUUAUGUAGAUGUAGAAAACUUCUUACCAAGGUCAAGCCUUGAAAGAUCAAACUGACAUGGGUUAAUCAAGUAAAAAGGAUUAUAGGCGAUGAACCUCUUGACAUUGACAAUAUCUACAGGCGCAGCUAGUGGCCUGGGCUCUACUAACCACAAUGGUAGAAACAGGUGCUGCAAUAUCCAUUAGAUAUCGAUUGCUGGAACACCAGCUUGGCUAUUUUUCCUGAAUUGACUUUUUGCUGCUUAGAACGCUUAGGUGAGCAUGUCCUGCAGAUAGUAUAACCUGAACUCCUCAAGUACAAAACCAGCAUGUUGCUCUGGUGUUUUGUUGUUAGACCAGUUUUCAUAGGCAUCUAUAUCUUUCUGGAGGACAACUCAAUGAACCACAUGCUGGGAACUGCGAGCAGAUGGCAUGUACUUUUACUGUAGCAGUGUGCUGUGUACCAAUCCACGUGAUUUCGAUCAUUGGUAUUCCUGAAGCUUGCUUUGCAUGCUCUAAAAUGUAAUGGACACGUGAAAUUUUCAUGUUUAGGCCAGUGAUUGAAAAAUCUUGCUAAAUUAUUGAUGAUCUGUGAA